AUUUCGCAACCGGACAACAAGUGUCUCCGUAAAUUUUUAAUAAUUUUUCGCAUUUUUACGUAAAAUAAAAAUACUAAACUACUAAAAAACGGGAAAUCAUGCCGUUCGAGAUGGUCGAAGAUGCUUUUAUUGAAGAAUUGUAUGGAAAACGAGCAAAAGUCUCGACAAUUCAACGUUUGUUUGCUCAGUUGUUGGGAAAAAUUACUCAAGCUUUAUGUUUUGAGAUCAAUAUGAAAGAGUAUGAGGCCAUUUUGACCAAAAUGGAAACUGAAGUCAAUGCAUUGAUGUCGAAAGGCAAAUCUGUUGAAUCGAAGAAACUAUUGGCGAUCAAAGGUUUCAUUUAUAUCCAACGUGGUUAUCAACCAAGCUUCGAUGGAAAACGUAAAAAGGUUAAAAUUGAGCAUUUGAAAACGGCUCUCGACAUUUUUGGAUCCAUUAAAAAUGAUCGCGAAGGCAUUUUUUACUACAUUGUGGCCUUACAAGGGAUCGCUUUGCAUCACAAAGGCUUGUCGCAUCGCAUUGAGUACCUAGACAGUUUGAAAUUUGCUGAAUGUGCCUUCGACAUGUUUCAGAACAACUUUUCUGAUGUCGAUAAGGAAGCUUGGAAUGCGACAAAGUUGUUUGAUAUCACUCCUAAGACUCUUAAAAGCUCUCCGCUCGGUGGUUUUAACCAAAAAUUGUCGCAUUUGAACAACGAAACAAUGGCACAGCUCUACUAUUGUGCCAAAAUCUUGAACAUCCCAAACUUAAUGUUGAAGCUCGAGUACAUUAACGGAUCUAUUUGGAAGAAAACUUCCGCAAAUCCCGCGAUGGAAAUUGAUUUUUGCAAUUUAACUCACGAAAUUGCCGCUGAAAUUGAAGAUUUGAUUGGUUUGCGUUACUUUGGGCAAGUUGAUCACUUUCUUACCGGCUUGUGGUACCAAAUGAACAAGUAUCAACGUGCUUCUGACGAGAAGAAAAUGGUUCGUAGUCGUGCAAUUGUAUCUAUGAUGUACGCAAAAUGGGCUAAUCAAAGCGUCGAUCACGGAGGUCAAUGGCGCAACUCCCAACCUUGUGCAACUAUCAACCCAAUUAAGACUAAAAUUCAUCGUUUUGAGCAAUUUGCAGCAGUUGGUGUCAAAUUGUGUGAGCAAGAGUUGCCUUUAGCUGUCGUCAAAACAGCAAAUGAGGUUGCUGGAGUCGUUAAGAAAGGCAAAUUUUGGGGACAGAAGGCUUUGAAGUACUUUGACGAAGCUGAAGAUCAACGCAAUGUUCAACGCGUCAAAGAUUUGAUCCGCGAAUUGGACCAAUUGCAAAAUCAGUACAAGGGAAAAGACAAUUGAGUCUCGAUUUUUGCAUGAAAUUCGAUAUUUUACGUUCCUUAUAUUAAUAUUGCAUGAUUUUUUUCAUUAUUACUUAUCACAAUUUACUUAAUUUGCCAUGAAUUUUAGGCAAAAACAAAGAAUUCAUUAAUUGAAUUGAUUAAAAUGUAUUUUUAAUGCAUGAAAAUUUGAAUAAAAUUUAAUUUUCUUG